CUAUUUAUACAAAUGCAAUUCUCUUAUUUCUCUCUCUUCUCUUAUUUCUCGUGUGAUAAAACAAAAGAAAAAAAAAUCUCAAUUUCUUCCAUUCUCUCAAAACUGAACUUCUCUGAGAAACAAAGCAACAAACUACAACAUGACUGGCAGAGAAAUCCUCCAAAUGAUAAAGGAGAAGACUGGGCUGGGCUCAUCUGCUCUUGAUACAGGAAAAGGCAAAAGCAAAAGGUCAAAGCAUAUCACACAUGGAUUCCACAUGGUAAAGGGAAAAUCAAAGCAUGCCAUGGAAGACUACUUAGUUUCUGAAUUCAAGCAACAAAAUAAUGUUGAGUUGGGAUUAUUUGCAAUCUUUGAUGGUCAUUUAGGCCAUGAUGUUGCAAAUUACUUGCAAAACCACCUCUUUGAAAAUAUUUUGAAGGAGCCUGGCAUCUGGGUUGAUACAGAAAGCUCAAUUAAAAAUGCUUAUCGUAGAACGGAUGAUGAGAUAUUGGACAAAAGUUUUUCAUUGGGAAAAGGAGGGUCAACUGCAGUAACUGCAAUACUGAAAGAUGGAAGGAAGCUCAUAGUAGCAAAUGUAGGAGACUCUCGGGCUGUUAUAUGCAAAAAUGGCGUGGCGCUACAAUUAUCUGUGGAUCAUGAACCAAGCAAGGAAAAGAGGCUGAUUGAGAGCCGUGGUGGUUUUGUAUCCAACCUUCCAGGGGAUGUUCCACGUGUCGACGGACAGCUGGCUGUAGCAAGAGCAUUUGGAGAUAAGAGCUUGAAGAUACACCUGAGUUCAGAACCUGAUGUUUCUAUCCUGCCUAUAGGCGAAGAUGUAGAGUUCUUAAUCUUAGCAAGCGACGGGAUAUGGAAGGUUCUGUCGAAUCAAGAAGCAGUGGACUCCAUCAAACAUAUAAAGGAUGCCCAGGCAGCAGCAAAGCAUUUGAUUGGGGAGGCUGUUAAUAGGAAAAGCAAGGAUGAUAUAUCUUGCAUAGUUGUAAAGUUGCAAUAAUUUUUCCUUGAAUUAUAUGAGCUUUACCUUUUUUUUUUAACUUUCCCUCAAGUGAAAGACCAAAUAGCUCAUCUGUGUGAAUAUGUAACAUAGAUCUAUUUCUUUUGGUGGCUGUGAAGAUUGUUUAAAACAUCUACUCCACUGUAGUGUGUAAAACUGAUUAUGAGAAGGUUUACCAUUUCUUUCUUUAGAAA